AUGAUUUCUACCGGUGCACAUGACAUUCAAUGCAAUAAUUACUCAUUCGAUAAUGACAAUAACAUCUUCACGGGAGAAGGCUUCAUUGAACCAACCCUCAAUAAUCAUCUAUGUCCUAGUACAUUAGAGGAAUUAACAUCGUCCAUCUUUGGUGAUGAUCCAUAUCCAUAUCCAUUUGAAUUCAAUUUAAACGAAGAUCAAAAUUUAUCAACGUAUUGUGAUACAUAUUUAUGUCCAUACAAUGAAAAUAAUGGUGACGUUAACUCGAACACCAUUGCACUUAAUUCACUUCAUAAUAAUAAUAUUUUUGAAGACCGUGAUAUCAUUCCACCAUCUGCUAAUAAUCAUGAAAAUCUUUCAUAUGCACCACCAUCAACAAAUUUUUCUCAAGAUAACCAUCAAGUUCAUCAUACAACAGAAGAUCAAAAAAUUGCACGUAAAUUUCGAUUUGAUUUGAUCGGUAACAAAACUUUCGAAAAACGACUCUUAAACAAUGACCGUAUGUCAAAGCAAAUGUAUGCCAUUACAUGUUAUACCGAUAUUCGAAAAGAAUACGUUAUGCGUGAAAUAUGUCGGCAAUUUUCAUUGGAUAUUAUACAAUAUGCAUGUGUGUCUGUCGAUCAUUCUCCAACAACAACAGAAUAUUUUACAAUGUACAUACAAAUCCUUUUAAAAAGAAAUAAGAACAAAUUCGGUUGGUUUCUUGACAAAAUCACCGGUGAUAAAUGUAAUUAUCAUGUAACGAAUAAAGAGUUGGCAUGGAAUGAAUUUAUUAAAAAAGGCAAGUGA